GGGAGGAGGAGAGUACUGCGGCAGGUGGAUGUCAACUGUGGCGUUAGAAAUGGCCCUCUUAAACAUUUCAUCCAAAUAGUCACGCAAGAGGUGGUCAUUGGUGAUUUCCUCUUCCAUUCGUGUUCUUGGCAGGACAUCUAAGUCUGGACAUAGUCAAAGGGGGUCCUAGCUGCUGUGUCCAACAUGUUCAGUAUGAAGUUAUUAGUAAUUCUUUUGCUUUGGGGACUCGUCACUGGCUAUAGAGGUAACUCUUCCUAUAGCUCGGUACCUCAGUUACUUCUGGUAUCUUUUGACGGUUUUAGAGCCGACUACCUGAAGAACUACGACCUUCCUCACCUCCAGAACUUUAUCAAAGAAGGUGUCUUGGUGGAACAUGUUAAAAAUGUUUUCAUCACGAAAACGUUUCCAAACCACUACAGCAUCGUGACAGGCUUAUAUGAGGAAAGCCAUGGCAUUGUGGCCAACUCUAUGUAUGAUAACAUCACAAAGAAACAUUUUUCCGAAUCCAAUGAUAAGGAUCCAUUUUGGUGGAACGGCGCAGUGCCGAUUUGGGUGACCAAUCAGCUUCAGGAAAACAGGUCAAGUGCUGCCGCUAUGUGGCCUGGUACCGACGUGCCCAUUCACAAUACCACACUUUCCUAUUUUAUGAAUUACAGCAGCUCAGUGCCCUUUGAGGAGAGACUAAAUAACGUUACCCAGUGGCUCAGCAGUUCCGACCCGCCAGUCACCUUUGCAGCGCUCUAUUGGGAAGAACCAGACGUGAGCGGCCACAAAUACGGGCCUGAAGAUAAAGAAAACAUGGGUCGGGCAUUGAAAGAAGUAGAUGACCUUAUUGGUGAUCUUGUCCUAAAGCUCAAGGAGUUAGGACUGUGGGAAAGCCUUAAUGUGAUCAUCACAAGCGAUCAUGGGAUGGCUCAGUGUUCCGAGAGCCGACUGAUAUAUUUGGAUUCUUGCAUUGACCAUUCAAACUACAGUGUCAUAGACUUAACCCCUGUGGCUGCGAUUCUUCCCAAAAUAAAUGUCACAGAGGUUUAUGACAAACUGAAACACUGUAACCCUCACAUGAGUGUUUAUCUCAAAGAAGCUAUUCCUAACAGAUUUUACUACCAGCACAGCGACCGAAUUCAGCCCAUUAUUUUGGUUGCUGAGGAAGGCUGGACAAUCACACUCAACACGUCAUCAUUAAAAUUAGGUGACCAUGGCUAUGACAAUUCCUUGCCUAGUAUGCAUCCGUUUCUCGCUGCCCACGGACCUGCCUUUAGAAAAGGUUACAGGCAGAGCACCAUCAACACUGUGGAUAUUUAUCCAAUGAUGUGCCACAUCCUGGGACUAAAACCACAUGCCAACAAUGGAACCCUCAGUCAUACCAAGUGCUUGCUCGUGGACCAGUGGUGCAUUAAUCUCCCAGAAGCCAUUGGAAUUGUUGUUAGUGCACUAUUGGUAUUAACCAUGCUAACAGGCCUCAUAAUAUUCAUGCAGAACAGGGCAUCUGCAUCCCGCCCAUUCUCCCGCCUUCAGCUGCAGGAAGAUGACGAUGAUCCUUUAAUUGAGUAAUUCACCAUGUCUUAUUAAUUUCAAAGCUAAGGAUCCAUGCAAGGAGUGGUGUGACAGCCAGAAAAAGGGAUAUUUCAAAAGACAAGACACACAGGGCAAAAUUACUCUGGGGUAUGUGUGUGGGUGUGUGUGCGUUUUGGUGUAUUGCCUGAUGCAAAUAACCCUGAUGGUAUUAGAGUCACUGGUAAAUCAGUUCAAACCACCUGUUUCCCUAGCAAGACUAGCCUUUGAGAAAAAACUCUGGGUCCUCCUUCCUUCUUUUCCUUCCUCCCUUCUCUCUUUUCAAUGAAAUAUAUCUUUAAGUGAAAAUAUACCAGAAUUUAAUAGGCAUGCUUUUCUAACAAGUUUAUAUAUUUGUAAAUGACACAAAACUAUUUAUGUAAUUUAUGUAUUUUAUGUAUCCUGGAGAAAAAGUUGCAUAUAUUUUUAUAUUUGUCUUUAGUUAGUGUGUAUCCCAGGAAAACCCUUGAGGUAGGAAAUUCUGAGAUAACUGAUUAGCCACAUAGCAUAACUGUACCAUACAAAGAAACCGUUUUAAAUAAAGCUGCUAAAAGGAAACAAAACCCAAGGAAGACUAUGUAAUACAAAGACUGAGCUUGGUAAAACCUGUAAGCCGUUGACAGCUCAGAAGCUGAGUCUGGGACUGGACUUGGUGAUGCACACCUGUAGGAAGGAUGAAGCAGAGGGCCUUGAGGUGGAGUCCAGCUUGGGUGACAUAACACCUUGUGGUUUUGUUUGUUCAUUUGUUUCCUUUAGUUACCUUUUUAGAUACUGUUGUUAAUAAGGAGUUUCAAAAAUUUGUGUUUAACGUCUCUGGCUAAGUUGUGUAUGCCAGCGUGUUUGUGUGAGUGAAUGUACAGACGUCAUAUGACAUGUAGAGGGGACUGGACUCUGUGCCAGAACACAGCUGUCAAGAAAGGCUCAGCUCAAGGAAAGGCUACUUCUUGCAGACCUUACCUGUAUACUUUCACCAACUAACAACUUAAUAUCACAAUUAAAACAUCCUAUUUUUUGUUACAAUUUUCAAUUCUCAUGUUUAUUGGAAGUGUCCGAAUGCUGUAGGAAAAAUAUGGCCUGAGUACAAAGCUACAAGGUCAGGAUGUUUGUAUUGACCUUCGUGGCUCUUGAAUGUGCCUUCUACGCAGUCCAGUGGUAAGACACGUAAGGUUGAGUUUAGUGUCUUCUGCCCUGGCAGCGGCCAUGUGCUCAGGGCAGAGCAGCUCCAGCCCUGCACCGUCCGCUUCCUCACCUGACUCAUCGUAACCCCGAGAACCAAAGAGUUGUUGUGAAGCACUGUCAUCAUUCAUUCCCUCCAGAGCUGGCUCCUCAGAACCAGAGCUAUUAGAACAGCCUAUCUGAUGUCCAUUAGACCACAGACCACCGUGUUACCGGUGUGAUCUUCAGCGUUCUGACAACAUAAAGCAAACUUGGCUAUUGCUCUUCAGACGCAAGACGGCUCUACAGUAAGUAUGCAGUGCAGUUAGACACUGAUGAUCUGUGAUGAUCAAAGACAUGUGUCAGUCAUCUUAGAUGUAUUGUGCUGUACUGGCUCACAGCGAAUUUUCUUCAAGUUUGAUGUCUGAUGCUUCAUUGAAUUGGGGUUUUGAGAGGCAUUUCUGUACUACAUGUAUAACCUAUGCUCUUGGUCACAGAAUGGCUGUUUCAGGGAUGGGAUAGGACUGAUUUUGUUCAUAAAUGUUCUGAUUUAUUUUGUUACAUGCAGUAGUAAUACUAAGGGGUAAAGAGUUGAUCCAGUAAGAUAAUAGAGAAAUCCCUGCUUAUUUCUUUCCAUUUAAGAAAAUCACAAAUAAACUGCCAUAUUCACUUUGAAAAAAAAAGAGUGGGCUUUUUUGAACCAUCUCCCAGCAGUGUUGAAGAUGACCUUAGUUCCUACAGUGUUGUGGAUCCCAGUGACUCCUUGACCUUGACUGCACCUUAUACUUGGUGUCCACCUCUAGAGUAGACUUUUUAAAAGGAUGGGAGAGGAUGGGACGCCCUGUCAGUGUCAUAGCCCUUGCAGCACAUGUAUUUAUUUUGUAUUUUAUUCUGUUCUUGGAAGACUAGAACUAGGUAAAAUUUUACAAAGUGCUCAUUCAAGAGACAAAAAUAGUAUUUAUUUAAUCAAAUAGAUUAUCAUAUUGAACUUUCUGCUAAUUCAUUUGUAUCUUUGAAAAAAAUUAUCACUGUUAAAGCCCAUGGCUGCAGUUUUGCUCUGAGAAAACCCUUUUAGUAAAGGUAGCCUUUGACAUAGAGGUUUGGGUGUGUAUGUUGUAAAGCAUUAACUAAACCUGCUCUGCUUUCUGUUCAGGAGAAAAUAUAUGGCUUCAGGAAAUACUUAGCUCUCGGUGAUAGUACCCAAAGAUAAUAGGAAAGUGUUUGUGUGGCUUUGUUACUUGCACUAGUCAGCUCAGAACUGAGUACCUUGACUUUCUAGUAGAGGACCAGUCAUGUCCCUGUUAAACACCUAUCAUGCAUGCUCUUCUGUAAAAGCAAUGGAGGAUGGCAAAGGCUCACUGGCAGUGCUGCCCAGAAGGCUUCCUUUAAGAACCCACAGGUAAAACCUUGGGAUGUUAAAGGAUCAAAUGCCUUUGCACCAAUGUAUCCCUCUCAUGCCCGCCUGGUAAGCUUUAAGGAUGGUUGGCUUUAAUUCCUUUUAUGAAGAGUGGUUCAUUUCAUUUUUUAACAUUACAAAUGAAGGACAAAGAUUAGGUAUAUAAAGUAUGUAUUUAUUGUCAGUUCUCAAAAAGCGUGUAAAUACAAUGAGUAUGCUGUAAGGAAAAUUGCAGUGCCUUAAGUUAAAGGAAAUACAUUGUUUCAAUUUGUAGCUAAUGAUUUUGCUUAUGAUUAAAAUGUAUGUAAAUAAAGUCUACCCAAACAAAUA